AGUGUCUUGUGUCAAGCAAAUCUGAGAGAGUAAUUGUUGAGAAACCAUGUCUCUUUGUGGGAAAUUUGUGAGUGAAUUAGAAAUAAAUGCUCCUGCUGAGAAAUACUACAAAAUCUUCAAAGAUCAAGCUUUUCAUGUUCCCAAUAUUUCCCCAAAUAUCAUCCAACAAGUUGAAGUUCAUGAAGGUGAUUGGGACAACCAUGGUCAUGGUUCCAUCAAGAUCUGGAAUUACACAAUCGACGGCAAGACUGAGGUUUUCAAAGAGCGAGUGGAAUUUGAUGACGAUAAAUAUGCGGUGACUCUGAUUGGACUGGAAGGAGAUGUGUUCAACCAUUACAAAUCUUUCAAGGGAACAUAUCAAGUUGUACCGAAGGGUCCCGAGCAUAGUUUGGCAGUUCUGACCUUGGAAUUUGAGAAAAUUGAUGAUGGUUCCCCUUAUCCUUACAAGUACCUUGAUCUCAUGAAUAACAUCACCAAGGACAUUGAAUCUCACCUUAAAUAAUAACCUUUUAUGUCUCGGUUCGAGCUUCGUCUCUCUCUUUCCUUCUAAUAAUGGCUGAAUAAUGUGGUGUGAGAGUUGUGUCUUGCAUUUGGAGUCAUCUUUCGAGGCUUUAUUUAUGUAUCUUUGUUACUUAUUAUUGUGUUGCUCUAAUAAGGUUGUGGAAUUUGUGAAAGAUAAAUAGUGGUCUCUUCAUGUAAAAGUGAUGAAGCUCGAUUAUUAUAUGUUUGCUUAAAUAUAUAAUAUGUUGUACUUGGGAUAUGAUCCAUAUUCCAUAGUUUAUGGAUC